CCUCACUCUCUGCUAGCUUCUGCCUUCCUCCCUGCCUCCUCCCGGGGCGCGCCCGCCCGCCCGGGAGCGCGCAGUGCGGCGCGGCCGCGCUCGGGAGCGCGCAGUGCGGCGCACGGAGCCCGGCUGCGGCGAGUCCCGGCGCUCCCGGAGCAGCUGAGGAUCCGUCCGUGCGUGCCGCUGCUCUGCUCCCCCUGCGGGACACGACUGAGGUCCUGAGGCUGCCCAGCGUCCAAAAUGGUCAUGCAAAGACACCACCUCACCUGCGCAGGAAUAGCAUUCGUUCUCUACCUUCAUCACCUCGUCAGCACCAUUGAAGUCCCUCUGGACUCAAAUAUUCAGAGUGAAUUGCCUCAACCUCCCACAAUCACCAAGCAGUCCGUGAAGGACUACAUCGUCGACCCAAGGGAUAACAUCUUCAUUGAAUGCGAAGCCAAAGGGAACCCUGUGCCCACCUUUUCCUGGACGCGGAACGGGAAGUUCUUCAACGUGGCGAAGGACCCCAAGGUGUCGAUGCGGCGGCGGUCGGGGACGCUGGUCAUUGACUUCCACAGCGGGGGCCGGCCGGAGGACUAUGAGGGCGAGUACCAGUGCUUUGCCCGGAAUGACUACGGCACUGCCCUCUCCAGCAAGAUCCACCUCCAGGUCUCUAAGUCUCCCCUGUGGCCCAAGGAGAAGGUGGAUGUGAUAGAGGUGGAUGAAGGUGCUCCGCUGAGCCUGCAGUGCAACCCGCCGCCGGGCCUGCCCUCUCCCGUCAUCUUCUGGAUGAGCAGCUCCAUGGAGCCCAUCCACCAGGACAAGCGUGUCUCCCAGGGCCAGAACGGGGACUUGUACUUCUCCAACGUGAUGCUGCAGGAUGCCCAGACCGACUACAGCUGCAACGCGCGCUUCCACUUCACCCACACCAUCCAGCAGAAAAACCCCUACACCCUCAAGGUGAAAACCAAGAAACCCCAUAACGAAACGUCCUUACGAAAUCACACUGCCAUGUACAGUGCCCGAGGGAUUACGGAGACGACCCCCAGCUUCAUGUAUCCCUAUGGAACCUCAAGCAGUCAGAUGGUGCUCAGAGGAGUGGACCUCUUGCUGGAGUGCAUCGCUUCAGGAGUACCAGCACCGGACAUCAUGUGGUACAAGAAAGGAGGAGAGCUCCCAGUCGGUAAAACCAAGCUGGAGAACUUCAACAAGGCUCUUCGUAUCUCCAAUGUCUCCGAGGAGGACUCCGGGGAGUAUUUCUGCUUGGCCUCCAACAAGAUGGGCAGCAUCCGCCACACGAUCUCGGUGAGAGUGAAGGCUGCUCCGUACUGGCUGGAUGAACCCCAAAACCUCAUCCUGGCCCCCGGUGAGGACGGCAGGCUGGUGUGCCGCGCCAACGGGAACCCCAAGCCGGCGAUCCAGUGGCUGGUGAACGGCGAGCCUAUAGAAGGUUCUCCCCCCAACCCGAGCCGAGAGGUGGCUGGAGACACCAUUGUAUUUCGGGAUACCCAGAUCGGCAGCAGUGCCGUGUACCAGUGCAAUGCAUCCAACGAGCAUGGCUACCUCCUUGCCAAUGCCUUUGUCAGUGUCCUGGAUGUGCCCCCACGGAUACUGGCCCCCCGCAAUCAGCUCAUCAAAGUGAUUCAAAACAACAGGACCCGACUUGACUGCCCCUUCUUUGGCUCACCCAUCCCCACCCUGAGAUGGUUUAAGAACGGCCAGGGGAACACGCUGGAUGGAGGAAACUACAAGGCACAUGAGAACGGGAGCUUGGAGAUGGAGAUGGCUCGGAAGGAGGACCAGGGCAUCUACACUUGCGUCGCUACCAAUAUCCUGGGCAAAGCAGAGGCCCAGGUUCGCCUGGAGGUUAAAGACCCAACGAGGAUCGUGAGAGGCCCCGAAGACCAAGUGGUGAAGAGGGGCUCCAUGCUGCACCUCCACUGCCGCGUAAAGCACGACCCCACGCUCAGGCUCGCCGUCACCUGGCUGAAGGACAACGCACCCCUGUACAUGGGGAACAGGAUGAAGAAAGAAGAUGAUGGUCUGACAAUAUAUGGUGUGGCUGAGAAGGACCAAGGGGAUUAUACCUGCGUAGCCAGCACGGAGCUGGACAAGGACUCGGCUAAAGCCUACCUCACUGUACUAGCCGUCCCCGCUAACCGUUUGAGAGACUUACCCAAAGAACGACCCGACCGGCCCCGGGACUUGGAGCUGUCGGACCUGGCCGAGAGGAGCGUGCGGCUGACGUGGAUUCCGGGUGACGACAACAACAGCCCCAUCACAGACUACAUCGUCCAGUUUGAGGAGGACCGGUUCCAGCCUGGCAUGUGGCACAACCACUCCCGGUACCCCGGCAGCGUCAACUCGGCCAUCCUCAGCCUCUCUCCUUACGUCAACUACCAGUUCCGGGUGAUAGCAGUGAACGAUGUGGGCAGCAGCCUGCCCAGCGUGCCCUCCGAGCGCUACCAGACCAACGGGGCACGUCCUGAAAUUAACCCAACAGGAGUCCAAGGUGCAGGGACCCAGAAGAACAACAUGGAGAUCACCUGGACGCCUCUGAAUGCAACCCAAGCUUACGGGCCCAACCUCAGGUACAUCGUGCGAUGGAGGCGAAGGGACCCCCGAGGGAGCUGGUACAAUGAGACGGUGAAGGCGCCCAGGCAUGUUGUCUGGAACACCCCCAUCUACGUACCCUAUGAGAUCAAGGUGCAGGCAGAGAAUGACUUUGGCAGAGCACCGGAGCCUGACACCUACAUCGGCUAUUCCGGAGAAGAUUAUCCCAAGGCUGCGCCUACGGAUGUUAGGAUAAGAGUUUUAAACAGCACUGCCGUUGCUCUGACCUGGACCCGAGUGCACCUGGACACCAUCCAGGGACAGCUCAAGGAGUACAGAGCCUAUUUCUGGAGAGACAGUAGUUUGCUGAAGAACCUGUGGGUCUCCAAAAAACGGCAGUAUGUGAGUUUUCCUGGAGACCGAAACCGGGGCAUAGUGUCCCGGCUGUUUCCUUACAGCAACUACAAGCUUGAGAUGGUUGUAACCAACGGGAGAGGAGAUGGGCCACGCAGUGAAGUUAAGGAGUUCCCCACACCAGAAGGAGUGCCCAGCUCCCCCCGGUAUUUAAGAAUCCGACAGCCAAACCUGGAAAUCAUCAAUCUGGAGUGGGAUCACCCAGAGCAUCCCAAUGGAGUCCUCACAGGAUACAGCCUUAGAUAUCAAGCCUUUAACGGAUCCAAAACAGGCCGAACCCUGGUAGAGAACUUCUCUCCCAACCAGACAAAGUUCACCGUGCAGAGGACAGACCCCAUCUCGCGCUAUCGCUUCUUCCUGCGCGCACGGACCCAGGUGGGAGAAGGAGAAACCCUGGUGGAGGAGUCCCCAGCCCUGCUGAAUGAAGCCACGCCAACCCCAGCUGCAACUGGGGUGCCUCCAACUACAGUCGAUCUAACCAGUACUACAACCACCCCAUCUACUACCACUACUACCGACACUACUACCACCACCACCGACACUACUACCACCACCACCGACACUACUACCACCACCACCACUACAGCCGCCACCAUCGCCGCAAGCACUACAGCAGCUACAGAGAGGGCUCCGGCAGCCACCACAAAGCAGGAGUUGGCCACCAAUGGAUCGUCCAUAUGGGACAUAAGAGCUAUGGCUAAUAGUAACUGGGCAAACAUCACCUGGAGCCACAAUUACUCUGCAGGAACUGACUUUGUGGUUAAGUAUAUCACCAGUAACAACACAGAGAAAUCUAUCCCUGUUAAAGCUCAGACCCCUUCCUCUGUGCAGCUGGCGAAUCUGACGCCGGGAAUGAUGUACAAGCUGUGGGUGUUCCCCAUAUGGUCUAGCCCCAGCGAGCACUCGUACAUAACCUUUACCACCAGCUCAGCUUACACCAAGAACCACGUGGACAUCGCCACGCAGGGCUGGUUCAUCGGGCUGAUGUGCGCCAUCGCUCUCCUGGUCCUCAUCCUGCUGAUCGUCUGCUUCAUUAAAAGGAGCAGAGGUGGGAAAUACCCGGUACGAGACAAUAAAGACGAGCACCUCAAUCCUGAAGACAAGAAUGUAGAAGACGGGUCGUUCGACUACAGCGAUGAAGACAACAAGCCCCUGCCCAACAGCCAGACCUCCCUGGACGGCACGAUAAAGCAGCAGGAGAGCGACGAUAGCUUGGUGGACUAUGGAGAGGGGGGAGAAGGGCAGUUUAACGAGGACGGCUCCUUUAUCGGCCAGUACACGGUGAAGAAGGACAAAGAGGAGACUGAAGGCAAUGAGAGCUCGGAAGCCACCUCCCCAGUCAAUGCUAUUUACUCGUUGGCAUAGCGCAAUGCACUGAACCCACAAAGAGCUGGAGGUGUUUGUAGUGGAUGGGGGUUAAACAACAGCCGCCGCCGCCUCCAACAGCAACGUGUGAAUGAAGCAACCAACAAUGAUAAGAAAAAACACAAAAAAAAUAGGAAA